AAAAGAAUAUUAUAUAUUUAUAUUUAGCAAAAAUGACAACAUCUUUCCCCAUGAAUGGUGGUGAUGGUCCUUAUAGGCUAUACUCCAAAAAUUUCCAAUUGGCGAAAGAUAUAUUAAAUGGCUCAAAAGAAGUGGCUAGAGAUCCAAUUAUUCAAAACCUUGACAUCAAAAUCAUGUUAUCACCAUCUUCAAAUACAAUACGUAUUGAAGAUUUUGUAUGUUCAGUUGGACCAAACACUUUCAUUGCAAUGCAACAUGUUGUACAUGUUCUAAAGGAAAAAUACCAUAACAACAUUCUUGAAUUUCAAGUAUUUUUCAAUGAUCAUGUCACCAAUGAUUUCAACAACCUCUUUCAAUCACUACCUAUCGAUCGAUCCUACUAUGCAUUUGGAGUUCCAGGAUCAUUCUAUGAUAGAUUAUUUCCAUCGCGAUCGAUACAUUUUGCAUAUUCAUGUUGUUCUAUACAUUGGUUAUCCAAGUGUCCAGAAGAGUUGUUAAAUGAAAAAUCACCAGCAUGGAAUAAAGGUUUGAUUCACUAUAUGGCAUCAAAUAAUGAAGUAGUAAAUGCAUAUGUUACCCAAUUUGAAAAGGACAUGGAAAUGUUGUUAAAUGCAAGAGCUGCAGAGAUUGUUGAAGGUGGAAUGAUGAGAAAGUUAGAUGAAUCUUUAAUCGAUUCAUUUAAUUUGCCAGUAUAUUUUUCCUCUCCUGAAGACAUGACUAAAGUGGUGGAGAAAAAUAAUUAUUUUAGCAUUGAGAAAAUGAAAUUGACAUAUCCAAAAUCGAAAAUUAUAAUAGCUGAUGCAAAAAUUUUAAUAAUAAAUUUAAAGGCUGUUUUAGAAGGAUUAUUUAUUAAUCAUUUUGGAAGAAAAUUGUAGAAGAAGCUUGUACAAGAACUAUACUCAAAAGUGAAGAGAUUUCGGUAUGGAUGAAAGCGAAUUGCGAGAAAUUAUGUCAUUUAGUUGUCGCUUUGAAGCGCAAAUGAAUUUGUCUAUUUAUUCGAAUCGUGCAGAAGUUAUUAGUUGCAAAAUUAAAGCAAUCAUAUUAUUAUUUGUUGUAUUAUUGUUAUUGUCUUAUGACUUCUUUAUAAUUA